CCUCUUCCUCCUCCGUGUGCCUGCCCACUGACGCCUCUUCGUGUGCAUCUCCGCUACAUAUUCUUUUUGAAAUUAAAUAUACAUUUUUUAAAAAAGAGAGAAAACACAUUGUUAAAAGCACGGGAUUUUUUUAAUUUAUUUAUUUAUUCAAGGGAGUUGGCCUUUUUUUUUUUUUUUUUUUUUUUUUUUUUUUUGCACGACAAUCAAAGAGGAGCAUCGGUGGAAUUAACAGGCGAACAAGCGGCAGCCGCGACAAAUCCCAAAAUGAGUGAGCUGGAGCAGCUUCGCCAGGAGGCCGAGCAGCUGAGGAACCAGAUUCGAGACGCCAGGAAAGCAUGCGGGGAUUCGACCUUGACGCAGAUAACCGCCGGUCUGGAUCCAGUGGGGCGGAUACAGAUGCGCACAAGACGCACCCUUCGAGGCCACCUCGCGAAGAUCUAUGCCAUGCACUGGGGGUCAGACUCGAGGCUUCUCGUUAGCGCCUCUCAAGACGGCAAACUGAUCGUGUGGGACAGCUACACCACCAACAAGGUACGCCCGGCACACUCACACGGUCGCGACACUCAUCCCGACGUCUUCGGCGAAUUCCCUACAUUAGCGGCAGUCUGCGUUCUCGCCGAGAGUUUUUCCUCGGUGCUCCUCCAAAUGUUCCGUAACUUGUCGCCUGAUACGCGUGAGCUCCGUUUUCAGAUCCACGCCAUCCCCCUGCGCUCCUCCUGGGUGAUGACCUGUGCGUACGCCCCAUCUGGGAACUACGUGGCGUGUGGCGGCCUCGAUAACAUCUGCUCCAUCUACUGCCUGAAAACACGCGAGGGGAACGUCAGGAUCAGCAGGGAACUGCCCGGGCAUACGGGUUACCUGUCAUGUUGCCGUUUCAUCGACGACAAUCAAAUCAUCACGAGUUCAGGAGACACCACCUGCGCGUUGUGGGACAUCGAGACGAGCCAGCAGACCACGGUGUUCUCGGGCCACACGGGCGACGUCAUGAGUCUGUCCCUGGCGCCCGACCUGCGGACCUUUGUGUCGGGGGCCUGCGACGCCUCGGUCAAGCUGUGGGACAUCAGAGACAGCAUGUGUCGACAGACCUUCACCGGACACGAGUCGGAUAUCAACGCCAUCUGCUUCUUCCCCAACGGCAGCGCCUUUGCCACGGGCUCCGACGACGCCACCUGCAGGCUGUUCGACCUGCGCGCCGACCAGGAACUCAGCCUCUAUUGCCAUGACAACAUCAUCUGCGGCAUCACCUCGGUGGCUUUCUCCCGCUCGGGCCGCCUGCUGCUGGCGGGCUACGACGACUUCAACUGCAACAUCUGGGACGCCAUGAAGGGAGACAGAGCAGGGGUCCUCGCCGGCCAUGACAAUCGUGUGAGCUGUCUGGGUGUGACUGAUGAUGGCAUGGCUGUGUCCACCGGGUCCUGGGACAGCUUCCUCAAGAUCUGGAACUAAACACACACACGCACGCACACGCACGCACGCACACUUCUUGGAACCCAAGUUUUCGCACUGUAUGUAAGGUCCAACAAAGUGCAACAACUGUACAUAAGACAUAGUAUGAUGACUUAGUUUACACCAGUCACACAUGCUACCUUCAGCUGACUCACGUGCACACCUGCAGCUGCAAGGCUACUCCCCCCCCCCCCC